GCCGGCGCUGACAGCGCCGCGCUCGCAGGUCCCUUCCCGCAGCUCCAGCCAGGAUUUUCCCAGGUCCGGCCCCUCUCGUCCGUCUCGGAUUUAGGAUUAACUCGCCUAUGGAGAGAUGGUUGUAGCUGAAUUAUUUAAAGAUACUUAAGACCAGAUUUUUCACCAGUAAUCAGACUGCUUUAUCAAUGGAGCCCCGGGUUCCCCACAACAUCACCGUUGUCCCCAACUCUGUGAUGGUCCAGCCCUUGCUGGACAGUCGCAUCCCCUAUGGGCGGCUGCAGCAUCCGCUCACCAUCCUGCCAAUUGACCAAAUGAAGACAACUCACAUAGAGAACGACUACACCGACAACCCCACCGCUUCCCAGCUGGCAGCCCAGAAGCGUCCCCGAGGCCCCCAUGAACUGGUCCUGACCAACCAGCACCUGCAGCGCUGUGAGCAGGAUGUCACCCACCCCUGGAUUUCAUUCAGCGGGCGCCCCAGCUCCAUCAGCAGCAGCAGCAGCACAUCUUCAGACCAAAGGCUCUUGGACCACAUGGCCCCGGCACCCGUGGCGGAACAGUCCUCCCCCAGAGCGGUUCGCAUCCAGCCCAAGGUGAUUAACUGCAAACCCCUGGACCUGAAGGGACCUGUGUCUCAGGAACUGGACAAGCACUUUCUACUGUGCGAAGCCUGUGGGAAAUGCAAGUGUAAGGAGUGCGCGCUGCCCCGGACUCUGCCUUCGUGCUGGGUGUGCAACCAAGAGUGCCUCUGCUCGGCACAGAACCUGGUCAACUACUCCACCUGCAUGUGUCUCGUCAAGGGCGUCUUCUACCACUGCACCAACGAGGACGAUGAGGGCACGUGUGCCGACCACCCCUGCUCCUGCUCCCACUCAAACUGCUGUGCCCGCUGGUCCUUCAUGAGUGCCCUCUCCCUGGUGCUCCCUUGCUUGCUCUGCUACCUGCCAGCCACCGGCUGCGUCAAGCUGUCCCAGAGAUGUUACGACCAAGUGAGCCGGCCCGGAUGCAGAUGCAAAAAUACAAACAGUGUCAUUUGCAAGGCGUUGCCGGAGAGCAAAGGAAGCAGGCCAGAAAAGCCCUUUUGAUAGUUUGGGAGGACGCUCCAUGGAAGGGGGUGGCGUUGGCUGUUUUUAACAACCUGUGUUCUGAGGAUAACGUUAGCCUUUUGCCUUUGGAGAGAGCAGAAGCAACUAUUUCCACAAACUGAAGCACUUUGGGUUAUUCAGGGUUUUGGAACUGGUCAGAGUUUAAACAGAUGGGGCCAAAGGAGGAAUCUUAGUAAUGUAGAGUGAAGGCUGAAAACCUACGUAUAUCACAAAGUACAGCUGCUUAAAAACUCCUGGUUCGGACGGACGGCUGCUCACCAUGCCUGCACACCACAAGAACCAUGAACUGCUCGCUUGGCAGGCACGGCUGCACAAGCAAUACCCAUCCCUGGCUGCAGAAAGCUGCGCUGGAUUCGCGUCCAGGGUGGGCUUCUUGUUUUCGCCUUCCUUCCAAACUGCUUUGCUCCCAGCAGCCUGUUGAAGGUGAGGGGUUAGCUCCCUCCUUCCCCACCUGCACACCGUUAGAAGGGCCAGUUGCACACAAAGUACAUGUUUCUCAAAAGCUUUCUGCGUCCCUCAGAGAUUUUGAGCCAGAGGUAAAGAUACAGUUCAUUUGUUUAAGGGUCACUUAACGUUUAGGCGUAUUGCUUUCUUUGAGCCCACCUGGCCACAUUGAUUUGGACCCUCUUUUUAAAAGCAAGAUGGUAGCAGGGUUGCUCCCUCCCAGGAAGGAUAGCAGCAGGAUGCGUUCGGGCAGUUGGAUAAACAUCGUGUUGUUCUGCCUGCAAGCUGAUCUGUAGCAUCAGGUUUCAUUCAGUGGAAUAUUAAUUUUACAUCAACAGUACAAACCCGCUCCAGAAGGAUGUUGGUCGAAUCCUGUUUCCCCAACGCGCGUGCUUGCUCCCCCAGCGCUGGAGCAAAGGGGACCUUAACUCACGCCACCAAGUGAAGACAUUCGGUGUUUGUUUCUCUAAACCUCUCAAGCUCUGUUAAAGAAGUCACAAAAACCUAAGUGUAGGCUACACAGAGGUGUAUUUUUAUAGGGAUAUCAAUCCAGUACCUCCUCUCCUGGAACAAGCUCUUCUUUGCUCAUUCAAUAUUAAGAUUUUUUCAAUUUUUUUUUUGUCUUGGGGAAGAAUGGCAUUUGCUUGAAGUGCAGCCCAUUCCCCCAUCUCUAUUGCUGCUGUUCAACUUUUGCCUCCUCUGUACAAAAAUGUGUCCUUUUAAAUGUAAAGAAUGCUUUUAAUGUUUAUUUUAGUGUUAACAAAUGCUAGGGAAAGCCAGGGGAGGGAAGAGCGUGUAUUUAAGAAAUGUUGCCCUGGCUUUCAGUGAGCAUCACCGGCUUUGCCCAUGCUCUCGUCCUAGGGCCGGUUCUGCGUUCCCUAAAGCGGCAGUAAGCCCUUUCUCUUGACAACUACAAGGUGCUAAAUACAAAUUUUUGUCCAAACAUGCAACACUGUAAUAAGUAGGUAGGUACUUGUUGCAUGCAGAAAACUGAUUAGUCUCUCCCUCUUUUUUUUUUUUUUUUUUUAAUUAGAGGAAAUUUCCUCAGUAAAUGCACAGCAGUGACAGCGAAAUGUCAUCUCUAAUUAGAUAAGCAAUAGGCAGAGCUCAUGUAGCAUUUCCAGGAAUCCCAUUUGCUCGGUUGCAAUACAGUUGCUGCGGAGGGGGUGGCAGGAACGUACUGACAGGAGUUCUGGUGUCUUUUGUUUUAAGAAUUCAUUUAACCUGGAUGACUUGGGGUUUAGUUAAGCUUAAUUGUAGAUAUUUAUUGAAUGGGGAAUUUAAAAAAACCACAACAACUUUCUAUAUUUAUAACAUUUGCUGGCUUGUAUGUGAUAAAUCAUAGGAAAAGGGAUACUACAUCUGUCACCAGAUGCCAAUUCCUAUAGUUUAUCCUUGUGUUGACCAUAUGGGGACACCAGAAAGAAGGAAGCAGGUGGGAAUCCAGAGCUGUACAUAUUGUCUUGCACAAAUGAGACGGGAAAGGGUAAAAGGAAAACCGACCCCAAACUAGCUGAAGUGUUGGUUGAAUGUAUAAGGUCUUGUAUUUAAUAAGAGAAAUCAUUUUCCUAAGAUGCAAACAGGCUAGAAAACGCGGCAGGAGGGGUAUUUACCUGCUGCCCUCCUCUAUUGGGACUGUAAGUAUCCAAAUGGCCUCCACCUAUGGUUGUUUUGCCUUUUUGACCCUCUGUCCUUGGCUGUUCCUGGGGGAUCCGUGCUGAAAAUCUGCAAUAGCAAAGCCCGUGGCUCAGAUGCAUGGUCGUUGCAAGCAAACACAACGCUGGAGUGGUCACCACCGUGCCAAUCUACACUCAUGUAUAUACACCCAGCAAUCCCGGAUGGAUUUCCUUUCAUUGUACAUAGUUGUAAACUAUUUCUCUGUUGGUUUCUUUUAAUAUAUAAAUCCUGCUAUGGUGUAAGCCCAUCCCAUGCUGGAAGACUGUAAAGUGUUAGUGGAUGUGUUAGAGCAGUGGUAAAUGUAGCAGAGCAACCCUCCCUCUGGUCCUUGGCUCCCGGCACAGCGGUCAGACCCUGCUCCGUCGGCUCCUGCCCAAGGCACGGCCGCAACGGGGCUGAGCUCUUUGCGGAGCGCUGGAAAGGCUCGGCAUCAGCCGAAGCGGGAUGCUCUGCCGGCGGCGCUGUGCCGCGGGGCUGGCGGAGGGUACGUCUCCGGUCAAUAAUGUCUUUAUUCCCCUCUGUUCCCCCAUCCCAACGCCUCCGUUCCCCCCAUCCCCUUUUAAGGUACUCGGGUCCCCUGCCCCCCCUCAGACGUACCACGGGCACGGUGCUGUGCAACCUCAGCCCCAGCGAGGGCACGGAGACGGCAGCUCUGGCCAUCCUCCCUGCAGGUCGCGUACCCCCUUGCAAACUGACGAAUGGCUGCUAAUUAGCACAAACCUCGGGCGCGACGUGCGCUCUCCGGCCGUGUCGGCGCGGUGGGGUGGGACCACGAAGGCAAGAGGGGAGGUGAGGGCAGGUUCCCCUGGGACAGGCACCGUGCCACCGCGGAGCGGCUCUGGAGGAGGAGGACGGCAGGGCACUUAAGCUCUACCGCCCUGAGCUGCUAAUUGCUGUAGCGGGUUCGUUGCUGGGUUUUUGUCCUCUGCCCACACACAGAAGCAAAGGCCCAGAGAGCGAGAAGGGGGUGACUUUACGGGGCGCCGGCAAUGCCACGCCACGUCCCUGGCCGGAGCUCACCAUCACCGGAGUGGCUUCAAGAGCCGAGCAAACCGUCCCAGCGCCGUCUGCCCCAGUGCCCGCCGCGUACGAGGAGUAGCUACUAAAUUCACGUCAUUGCUCCCUGGGCACCCGGACGAGCCCUCGCCCUUUCGCAGCACUGCGUAUUCCUCCUCUCCUCCCAUGCUCGGACACGCUGAUAAAGGUUUCCCCCUUCUCCUGUUUCCACCCCACCACAUAUACACCCUGAAAAGUUACCACAGAAGGUUUUCUUUGUAUAGAAUAUUUAUUUUGAAGCUCUAUUUUAAAUAGUAUUUAUUUUAGAAAGUCUACUAUUGUAAGAGUUCUUCUGUUUGUGAAGAAAAAC